UGGUAGGCUGUGAGCUGGAGCUCACAGGUCGAUAGCGCAAUGUCUGACAAUGUCUCCGCUUCGGUGACUCCUGCGCAGCUUUCCUUCCUCACCAUCUACAAUCCCCGCCUCGGACCGACCGAUGAAACAAUCCAGAAUCAGAUCGUCUUUUACACAUCCAGGGCGGAACACUCACGGCAGCGUGACGGCCAACUCUCGGAAACUGGCGCCAAGGAAUCCAGUGACGAGUGGAAUGAUAGACUGCGCCAAAUAGGAUUGGCCCAGGGGAUAGUUGGCUUCGCCAGGAACUUCUCGGAAGGCAGGGCCGUGGAUUAUGUGGACACAGAGAAGUCGCAGAUUAUCUUGCAUGAGCUGGAGCAAGAUUGGUGGAUUCUAGCCUCCGUUGACCUGACUCGACUGCCAGUCGAUUGGGCUACCUCAUCUCAGCGGGCUGCUUCAGCUACCUCUAGCUUCGCAUACUCUUCAAGGGAGAUGUGCCCCCCACAGCUUUUGAUACAACAAAUGCGCCGAGCACAUGCCAUCUUCCUUUUACAUCACCAAUUUACACUCGACGCCCUUUACGAUCAUGUUGGCAGGUCCACAUUUUGUAAUAUUCUCGACAGCUUCUGGUGGCGGUUUGCUUGGAGCUGGGAAAUGCUCCUCACUGGGAAUCCGCUUGUCGAUAUGUAUGAUGGCAUCAAGCUCUCUGCUGGAGGCGAGCUAGGAGUCGGCGUUGGCGAGGAGGAAUGGGGUAGCGGGGAAAGAGAGGUUUUGGAGGACUUCGUCGCUAGGACGGAUGGACUUUUGGAUCUGGUUGUCUCGCGGUUUGGAGACUCAUGUCCCUCGUCUAGGGGGUCUACCCUGGAGGACAGAGAGGGGGAGUCCCAGAGCAAGAAUUAUGAUGCAAACUUGUGGCUCGGUGCGGGCGUUGCCUCCAAGCCUUCGGAUGGAGUCAUUUUCACUGGAGUCGGUGCUCUUUCAAGGCACUCUGUUGUGAGAGUCUCUCAGUGGAUGGAAUGGAUUUACAGAUACGGCGUUGACGCCUAUGGAGUGGGCGAUGACCCGACUGCUCCUCGCCGGCGGAAAAGACGAAAGAAGCAUCGGCCCAGACUUCCGGAUGGGAGAGGAUCGAGCAGUAAAGAGGUAUUUGUUGCCCAUUCUCAAGAAACUGCGACUCCAGAUCGCCCGUUUUCACCUGGAAUACCUCGUCCGCUAGUAAUAGGGACGCCAGAGUCUUCACAACUGCCGACGGAGUUCAAUAUGAAAACAAACUCCAUCACCAGCAGUGAGAGCUCGUCAGCACGGAGCGAGCGGGGAAGCGACUGGAUGAUGCCCGGGACGGAAACGUUCAUGAAGUAUCUCACACUCGGAUAUGGUUCGUCUUGGGGGCCAUCGUCUAAGACUACCACUCCGCAUCCUCGUGUUGGAGUUUUAAGACAAGAGGUUGGGUCAUCAGCCUCAAAGCCAACGAAAUCCCCUACAGAUGCCGAGGAAUCAUCGAAGGGAGAUCAUGUCGACGUUGACGAUAAGGACAAAAUUCAGAAUCGUGCCAGUUUUCUGAUUGGCUUCCACCGUGAAACAAGCACUAGCACCUCGGACAGUCAAACCCAUGAUUAUAUCGAAGCUGAAAAUCCUUCCACUGCUGAAUCAAGUCACAAAAUCGACCAAAGGACAUUGCAUGUUCAAUUGACAGUCCCGUUCGAAGAGGCAAUUCCUUUGGACGAAACACCUACGGGCUCAGUCAAGUUACGAACAGUUGUCUAUGUACACCAACCAUUCAUAUGCACAUUCCUCUUCGAUCCCUCAACACCCUCCUUAGCCCAGCUAUCUUUUUACCGCGAGCUUCACAGCCAAUUGAGCAUACUCCAAAAAUCGCUUUGCAAUUCCACAUCACCAGCUACCGCUUCGAAGCGAAUCGCUAUGUCAGACAGUGCCUUCGAUGCCAACACACCCCAGAGUCAACAGGUGUACAAUUUCGUAUACGACUCUACUAAUUUAACAAUUCGCUCUUCCAUUCCCAACAUACCCGAGCUGGGAGUUCCCAGCAGCAUUGAGGCACAAGAUGGCGCUAUUUCACAGCCCUGGUCACGGGUUGAAAGCCUUAACAUCCAUCACCGGCUCCUGAGCACUUACAGCGAAACCCGGUCUCGACCCUUGGAGGUCGAAAGAACCUGCAAAACCAGUCGCGGCUGGUGGAUCGUUUGGAUGCGGAUGUCCGACGAUCCCACUUCGCAACCAGAAAAGGAAGGAACCCCGACCACCGAAACGAGCACGGGCACUCCAGCUGAGGCCAACAUCAGUACUGGUGCUGGUGAUGCUGGGGGCGCGCAGCAAGAGGCAUUUCUCAUCAGACGGUCAAGCGAUCACGUCCCUCCAUCAGGGCAUGUCCGUAGCGGUAGCGGCUCCCGAUUCUUUCGAGAUCUCGGCGGUGCCUCAUCACCGGGCUUACAGGCGGCAAGGACCGAUACAGGGCCUGCGAAGCUUGUCGAAGGAUUGGGCCUCGAUGCCAGACGGUAUAUCGGCAAUUUAUUGAGUCUGAAUAGAUAGAUUUGGCAAAAGGGCCCCCUGUUUUGUCCUUACGUAGAUUCGAAUCCCAGCUGUAUCUACCAUCUCUUCCCACAAGAACCGGCGAAGAAUGACCAUAUUCAGUGUCGAGCAUCUACAUGAGC